AUGACGCUCUUGGCGACCAUCCUCUGCCUGCCGGCCUUCGUGCAGAAUUUUCGCGUGCCGCCGCAGACACACCGGCAUCCAGCGGCGGUCAUGGGAGAGUCCAGCGACAGCGAGGCGCAGCGGCAGCAGCAGCAACAGCAGCAGGAGCGGCUGAGAGCGCUGGCAGAGCACUUCCUGGCUGUUAGUUGCGCCAUCGCGUUGAGCCCAAACCUGGACCUGCAGCCGUUCACAGUUCCUCAGGGCUGGCUCUCCUCCCCUUCGCCGCCGCCGUCCCAGGAGUUCUCCACGCAGGCGCUCGUGGAGGAAGUGGAGAGGCGCGAGCCCGCUCUCGCUGAGCUGAUCGAUGCGUGCGUCGAUCGCGCUCCCUCUCUCUGCCGGCCCUCGGCGAUGCUGCCUCUCGCGCGCCUCGCCGCGUGGGUGCCGAGCGAGAGGUGGGUGCGGCCGCUGGAUGCGUGGCUCGGAGAGACUAGCGGAGGAGAGGCGGAGGAGGAGGAGGAGGAGGAGGAGGAGGAGGAGGAGGGGAGGAGGGAAGAAGAGGCGCUGCGAGGGCUGGCGGCCCACCUCCUCGAGGAGUGGCCUGUUCCGCAAGCGCUCCACGGCGCCCUCGCCUUCGCCGACCGGCCUCUCUCCGAGGCUGCGCACCGAGUCGCAAAGGCCUUCGUCGCGGUGCACGCCGCAGCGGGCCGCGGGGAGGCGUCGGUGCUGGAAAGCCUGCGGGAGCACGUCGCGCCGGGUAUGACGAAGGCCGCCGCCAAGCAGUUUGUACAGCCGGGUGGGGCGGCUGGCGACGGCCCGCUCUUCGCGCUGCGGCGCGCUCAGGUGGCUAGCCUCGGCGGCGCGGCUUGGGUGGGGGAGGCGGCGUGCGAGACGCGGCUGGGCCGUUCGAUCCUGCGAUCGGGCGAGCCGAGCGAGGAGUUUGGGUCGGUGGCGCUGGACUGGGCUUGCCGCUACGAGGAGGCGCUUCCGGCCGCGCAGAUGGCCUCGACAAUCGACUUUCUGCUCGAGAUGCGCGCGACGCAGCCCGACUACACCUGCGUCGGCCGCACCCCGAAGACGGUGCGCGCCGCCCUCGAGGCAUACGUCGCCUCCACCAUCUCCUUUGGCGAGGUGCAGGACGAGGCCUUCCAGCCAAACCCGCGAGGGCUCAAGCCGUGGUUCGAGCUCGGCGCGACCAUCCCGGCCCGCACAAAGGUUCGCGUGCCGUACGAGGGCCCGUGCGAGCUCGGGGGCGCCGGCCAGCCGGGCGCGGAGCCGGCGACGGUACGCGUGGCCGAGAUCCUCUCGCUGCGCCGCCUCUUUUACGAGGGCGAGCAGCUGUGCAACUGCCUCGAGGACAGCCGCCGCUCGCAGAGCAAGUACCUGCAGCGGGCGCGGGAGCGCGUCUCCUCCUUCUGGAGCCUGACGCGGCAGGAGGAGGGCGGCCCCGUCGAGCACCUGUGCCUCAUCGAGGUGUGGCACAUGGGGGGAGGGCGCAACGAGAUCCGGCAGGCCGAGGGGCCGAGGCCGCGCACCAUCCCCAGCGCCGAGGCGUGGUACUGGCUGCAACAUUGGAUCCUAUCGCACCUCAAGAAGCGCUGCCCGGCCAGCCCGAUCUGGGCGCUCGCCACCGCGCUCUUCCUCGCUCUCGAGUACAAGCACGGCGUCGAAGUGAACUUGGACGCCGUCAAGGCCUUCGCCUCCGACCUCUUCGCGGAGACCGACGGAACGCGCGCGUGCUGGACGUACUCAGUGGCGUCCCUCACCGACGCGCUGUCGCGCUGCGCGGCCACGUCGGGGCUGGAGCCGGCGGAGCGCGAGGCGCUCGUCGAGGCGGCCAUCCCCGUCUACCUUCAGAUGAUCGACACGAUCCCGGCGACGCUGCUCGAGCACAUGAAGUGGCUCAACAUCGAGAUCUUCCUGCGCCCGGCGUUCUGCGCUGUGCUGCUGGACGAGUACGGCUUCUCGACCGAGGGCGCCACCGAGGGGCUCAAGGCGUGCGGCCUCGAGCGGUUCAAGCCGGAGUACGUCCUGCUGCGCGCCAGCUCGGUGCGCUACGUGCCGCGGAGCAGCGACAACUUCGACGCGUUCGACUUCAUCGGGGAGAACCACCCAAUCGCGGUGCGGUGCAGGUUUGGCGCGAUCGUGGCUGCCCUGGUCGAGCAGGGCCAGCUGGACCGCGACGCGUCGAUCUACCGCCUGGUCUCCUUCGAGAACAAGGCGGAUCUGACGCAGCGCUAUUCGCUGCAGGAUGCGAAGGGGUUUCUCCAGUCCUUCGUUGUGGCGGGCGCGGUGGACAAGAUGCUCAAGGCGAGCCAGUCGUGUGGAGGAUCCGCGUCGUCGGACGCCGCCCGCCGCGCCGACGGCGUGCCCGAGGAGGACAUCGAGAAGUCGAGGGAGCGCAAGGCCGUCGCCGGUGCUUCGGGCGAUCCGGACGCCAAGGGAGCGGGGCGCGCGAGCGGAGGCGAAUCGAGCUACGCGUACGUGGGAGGUGGCGGCUCAUCGGCUCCUGCGGUGGCGGUGCUCUUCUUGUGCGGCCACACAGGCGCCGUCAAGGCGACGCCCCGCGUGCUUGCCGGCGGUUCAGCUACGCACUCGAGCACCGUUUGCCCCAGGAAGCAGGGCAACUGCAAGGUGAGGAAGGCUGUGCCGGUCAAGUACUCGUUGCUCUCGACGAAGCAGCAGCAGGAGUUCGACCGCAAUCUCAAGGAGAAAAACGGCUGGGUUCUCCACCCCAACUUCGAGUGA